UCGCAGUCGCCUGUCGGCCUUUCUUUGCCCCUUUAGUGGUGAAGGUGUAACAGUUAUCGGUCGUCCCGAAGCCGGGUUCAUCCGACACCCUCACCAACCAAGCUGAACUGAGCUCAACCUCCACUACAGCAACAUGCCGCCCAAAUUCGACCCCAACGAGAUCAAAAUCGUCUACAUGAGGUGCACAGGAGGGGAAGUGGGCGCCACCUCUGCUCUGGCUCCUAAAAUCGGACCUCUGGGUCUGUCUCCAAAGAAAGUCGGUGACGACAUCGCCAAGGCAACCGGAGACUGGAAGGGCCUGAGGAUCACCGUGAAGCUGACCAUCCAGAAUCGGCAGGCCGCUAUCGAAGUGGUUCCCUCGGCUUCUGCUCUGAUCAUCAAAGCUCUGAAGGAGCCGCCUCGCGACAGGAAGAAGGUCAAGAACAUCAAACACAGCGGCAGCGUCACGUUCGAUGAGAUCGUUGGCGUCGCCCGGGUCAUGAGGCCGCGCUCCAUCGCCAGAGAGCUCUCAGGAACCAUCAAGGAGAUCCUGGGCACUGCUCAGUCAGUUGGCUGCACCAUCGACGGCCGCGCCCCUCAUGAUGUCAUCGAUGACAUUAACAGCGGGAAAGUGGAAUGUCCAUCAGAGUAAAGAUGGCGGUUCUGGAAUAAAAUUUGUUGAAACCGA